AUGACCGGAAGACAAAAGUCGGAAGCAAGGAGCCAAAAUUUCGAAAAACUCUGGAAGAAGCAUUGCUUCUGUACUUUCAAAAGUUACUUCGAAACAACAAUCAACAUCAUCUUCUGCUCAUCGUCAUCGACUGAGGCAAAAAUGGACAAAACGAGAAGCUCCGAUGCUGUUUCAGCCAGUUCGACAACAGCGGAAGAGAAUAAUAUAAAUUUUAAUUAA